AUGUGUCUGAGUAGGCGGGUCUUUAAGUCCAAGCUUAAAUGGUGUCAGGAUAGGCAGGAGCAGAUAAAAAGAGACAUUCUCGCUAUGAACCAUGCUGCGAAGGAUUUUAAAGGCUUCUGGAAGAAUACCAAGGUACUCAUCGUAGCGCCCGGAGUCCCUGUGAGCAUCGGAGGCGUAGUUGAUUCUAGGGACAUAGCCAACAACUUCAGGGAGUUGUUCACUGUAAAGUCACCUCUUGCAAACGGCCACGAGGAGAGGGUUUUCGAUGGUGGGACCAUUGUGGGAGACAGUGCCAUUAGAUUAUCUGCCAAAGAUGUGGCAGGAGUCAUAAAGGCCAUGCAGUGCGGUAAGUCUCCGGGGCACGAUGGUCUCAGCAUUGAACACCUCAAAUAUGCUGGAGUUCAUCUUCCUCGAGUGUUGACUAUGUUCUUUACGUUAUGUCUGCGACACACGUAUCUGCCGGAUCGUCUAAUGAGAACGGUUAUUGUGCCCAUUAUCAAGAACAGAACGGGCGACGUGUCUGAUAUCACAAACUAUAGGCCUAUAUCACUAGCUACUGUAACCUCAAAGGUGCUCGAUAGCCUGCUUACUGAACAGCUCAAAAAACACGUCAAGCUGCAUGAUGCACAAUUUGGAUUUCGAGCUGGUUUAUCCACAGAAACGGCAAUUGUGUGUCUUAAGCGGGCUAUCGGGUACUACAAGGACAGAAAAACACCGAUCUACGCCUGCUUCCUGGUCUUGUCUAAGGCUUUUGACCUGGUUGCUUACCACCUAUUGUGGGAAAAGCUAAGCCGCACUACAGUGCCAGUAGAAUGUAUUACCCUUUUAAAAUAUUGGUAUGGCAACCAGGUCAAUCAGAUCAAGGAGCUCAGCAGCACGCAUGUAGGAUGUCAUAUUGACGGUGUCGGCAUCAAUAAUAUUAGCAAUGCAGAUGACAUGGUGCUGCUGGGUCCCUCCAUCAAUGCCAUUAGGCAACUGGUUAGUAAAAUUGUGCCUCCGGUAAUGUUGGGUGGCGUUCCACUAAAGGUAGCGGACCAGUUUAAAUAUCUGGGGCACAUGGUCACGCCGGACUUGCGAGACGAUGCGUAUAUAGAGAGGGAGAGGAGGGCCUUGUCUGUGCGAGAGGCGCGCACUGAUGGCUUUCACGCCAUCAGAAGGAAGAGAGUAGCGUCUCUGCUGAACAGAGUGUGCGGCAGCUCCAACACCAUCCUGAGCAUUUGUUCGCUGAACGCGCGGACUGCCCCAUGA